AUGGCCUCUCCGAAUUCCCUUUCUUCCGCAUACAACAGCGGCUUGUACCAGCCACCAUCCCGACCGACGUCCCGAUCUACAGUUUCACGUUCGGAGUCCAGAAGGGUCUCCCCAGCCCUCCAGCAUGCGACUUCCAAAACAUCAUUGUCGCGCCACUACUCUGCCGGUGACAGCUCCGACGAAGAGGUUCCCGAACCAAAAUUCAGCGCGUCUGUAAAGGCACUUUUGCAUGGCGAUGGGUUAGGAUCAUCACCACAUCUGCAGAAGGGACAUGCAGCAUAUGAACGAAGAGCUGCCGCGUUGGGAUCAAGACAGCCAAGCCAUUCGCCAAGGAACUCUUCACCACACGAUAAUUCCAGUGGCAGCCCAGCACCACGAGUUGUUCGUAUUCAUGCAUCUCGAUUUUCCCGUGAGGGCUCUCCACUAUCGACUAGCCAAGGUGCGGGAUCAGAAGUUCAUGAUCGUGCCAGUGACUUCAUCACACCUGCACCCCGACCGCGCACUGUUCGGAUCCAUGCAUCUCGUAGUCAGGAGCAAUCCCCGUCGUCAAUGUCGCCGUCUCUUAAUCGUUCGUCGGAAAGGCAAUCGGGUGAUGAGUACGGCAGUGCUGAGCGGUCUGAUAGCGACCGGAAAUCACGCUAUGAGGAGUCACGCUACGAGGAUGAUCCCGCCUCCCGUAUUGGACCCUCUUCAGUCUUACGUGGUCGCAAUUUAGAUGAAUUCGGUCCGCAGAGCUCCUUGCGCGUUAAACGGGUUGGUCGAUUGACUGGCACAUUUCUCAACGGUCCCGCGCGACGAGGAGUAUUGCGCCGACAGAGCGAAGAAAACAACGAAGAAAACUACCUCUUACAUGAUGGCGCUGGAGAGAAUGGAGACGCUGUUUAUGAUAACAUGGAGCCCGAACUCCGCGACAGCGCGAAGCCAUCUUCACCUAAAGUAUCUUGGGCGGAUCCAAGCCCACCACAUGAAAGUGAAUGGCGCCGCUCCAACGAACCUGCACCUACAGCAAGGGACGAAGGCCCUUUCUCGAGAUCUUCUUCACCCAAAUCUUAUGGAUCCCAAUCAAAGUCAACGCCGGCAUCAUCGGAUCAAGGCUCUGGCUCAAGAGAACAAAGAGAACAACCUGCUUUCAAGGUUCCCUCGCUACCUCCUCUUCUACCUUCAACAAGAGACCAGGAGAACGAACCACCUCCGACUUUCAAACGAACGAAGCCACAGGGCUUGGGUGUGUUGGAUAAACCCGACAAGUUGUCAUCAAUGUACGGCACCGAUCAAAAAGAAUCUGCCAAAACUCCAGUUGGAGACUCACCGCGAAAAAUGCUUGCUACCAGAAGUAAUAACACACCUCAUCGACCCGCUCCCCCACCACCGAAGAUGUCGGUUCUUGAGACUGCCACCGCAACUGGUGGAGCAUCCACGUCUCAGUCCCGAAAAAAGCGAACCCAAGUAUCUAUCAACCACAAACAUUUUACUCGACUAGACUGUAUCGGCCGCGGUGGUAGCUCUCGUGUAUAUCGAGUUAUGGCAGAGAACUACAAAAUAUUUGCAUUAAAACGAGUUAACCUUGAAGAUGUCGACCCUGUUACCCUGACUGGAUAUAAGGGUGAAAUCGAUUUACUGAAGAAGUUGGAAAAUGUCGAUCGUGUGGUGCGCCUAUUCGAUUUCGAACUUAAUUCUGACAAGCAUUGCCUUAGCGUCCUCAUGGAAAUCGGUGAAUCUGAUCUUGAGAAGAUUCUGACAUACCGUCUCAACGCUGAAGAUGCCGUCUUCGACAUCAACUUCACCCGUUAUUACUGGAAAGAGAUGCUUGAAUGUGUACAGGCUGUCCAUAAUUUUAACAUUGUUCAUUCCGAUCUCAAGCCGGCCAACUUCCUUCUGGUCUCUGGCCGGUUGAAACUCAUUGACUUUGGCAUUGCUAAUGCCAUCCAAGACAACACUGUGAAUGUUCACCGAGAACAGCAAGUUGGAACGCCAAAUUACAUGUCUCCCGAGGCCUUGGUAGACUCCAAUGCAUCCCUCGGAUUACCUGCAAGUGUUGGUAAGAUUAUGAAGCUGGGAAAGCCAAGUGAUGUAUGGAGCUUGGGUUGUAUCUUGUAUAAAAUGGUGUAUGGUCAGCCGCCUUUUGCCAAAAUCGCCAAAUACUACGAGCGCAUCAUGGCAAUUCCCAACCCCCGUGUACAAAUCGACUUCCCUACUCAUGGGAUCGGUGGUGUUCCCGUGCCCCCUGGAUUGAUUCGAACUUUGAAACGAUGUCUUCAGCGUGAUCAAACCCUCCGCCCAACAAUUGAAGAAAUGCUCGGCCCCCGAGAUCCAUUCUUACACCCCGAUGCCCAGCUUGAGGGUGCCGUCCCUGUUACCCAAGACAUGCUUGGUCGCAUCCUUGCCAAUGUUGUGAAUCACUGCCGAGCGCGCGGUGUUCCCAGGGAGGAAGAACUUGCUGUAUGGCCUGCUGGAUUCUUUGCCAAGAUUAAAGCAGCAUUGGAAGAAGAAAAUUCCUGA